GAGAAACAGAUUGGAAGAUACUAGUGAUUAAUGUAGAAGAUCCAAUUGCACCAGAAGUAAACGACAUUAAAGACAUUGAAAAACAUUUUCCUGGUCUACUAAAAGCCACUGUAGAAUGGAUGAAGAUCUACAAGAUUCCAGAUGGUAAACCUGAGAAUAAGUUUGCGUUUAAUGGUGAACCCAAAGAUGCGGAAUUUGCUUUAAAAAUAGUGAGUGAUACUCAUGAAUACUGGAAAGCAUUAUUACAAAAAGAAAACACUAACGGUUUAUCCUGUGUGAACACAACAUUGAAUAAUGCUUCAACUAUUGAUGACGAAAAAGUUCAAGCAAUAUUAUCGGAGAGUUUGCCACUAUCCGAGCCAAGCCCAUUAUUACCAGAAGUUGAUAAAUGGCAUUUUGUAAAAUUAUAAAAUUAUUACUAUUCAUUGGAUCAAUUGCUUGGUGAGAUUAGAAAGUGGGAUCAAAAUAAAUAAUUUUUUGGAAAAUAUUACAAUUGUUGUAUUUAAUUAUAAUAUAGAACCCAUAUUCAUUCCUGACUAAAGUUACAACAUCCAAAUUAUUUAAUAAAAUAUAUUAGUGUUUUUUUUUAUGUGAUACACAAACAUUGUAUCCUCAUGAUAAACUUGAUGUUUUUAAAUAUGUAUUUCAAUAAAUUGUAAUGGUUUUUUGUUCAAAUUAUAA